GUGAGAUUCUCCAAUGAUUUUGAAAACGUUUGUUGGAUAAUACACACAACAGAUGGCGCUCGCGUCGUUGACCGUUGGCUGUCAUUUUUUAAAUUUAGAAAAUCUCCAUUUUUGACAUUAAUCACAAACGGCUUUUUGUUUGGUUGAUCGAUAGAUUGUCCUUAUACAUUAAUUUUACCUAAAGUCGUAAUUUCAUAGAAAUCAAGGAGUAUACAAGCUUUUAACUGCAAUUUUGUGGUGUUUUAAUUUGUUCUACGUUAUACAACGUAAUUAAACGUGUCUGUGUGGUUUUUAAAUGGUAUUUGUAUGCUUUUGUUAAGAAAUAAAGCUUAGGCAAAUAUGGAUGCUUUCACUGAGAAUAUCUUAAUAAGAGCCAGGGAACGCCAGAGGCUCCUAGAGACUUAUGGUAAAGAGAGUACUCCUCUUCGUGAAAAUAAGACUGCUGUCUCUGAGCCCAAUUUGAUUGAAGUACAAAAGAUUCCUCCUAAAGAGGUUCGAUCUGAAACUAAUCUUUCAAGGAUUUCUCCAAGGACUGAGUUUGAUGUUCAAGGCAUAUUUAAACGACAAAAUUCAAUAACACGCGUCAUUUCUGAUCUUCAAGGCUCCCCUGGUAAACAAACGAAAACUUUGAACAUUCAAAGGGACGACUUUAAUAUGGAAAUUAAAGUGAACAGCGCUGAAAAUGUGAGAUUACAAGUAGAGAUUGAGGAGUGUGAAGAAGGAAAGGAAGAUGAAUGUGUUGGUUUGAGGGAAGAGUCCAGAAAUAGGUUGAAUAGGCUUGGAAGAUUGUAUGCUGGUGGUGAAGAGGCUGAUAUUUCAUCCCCAAUUCACAGAACAGAAGCUAAGUUCUACCAGAGCAUUGAAAAUGAUAAAGAGAACGAAAAUAUUCGUACAAAAAAAACUGGCCAGUGUGGAAAGGGCUUGAGUAAACUAGCUAAUUUGGCUGAUACUAUUAAUCAAUGGGAAGAUGAUUUAAGUCAUCCUUCUUGUGCUGUGGGUAAAAAACCAAAUUCGCCUAAGAAAACUUGGAAACCACCAGCACCACAACCUCCCACACAACAAGUUUCAUCAAAGAAGCCUAAAGCCCCUUCGCCGCCUACUAACAAUCAAACUAGCCCCAAAAAAACAGUCUACCAGAUGGAAAAUCCCUCUACAAACGAGGCAAUUUCAUCCCAGAGGGGAACAGAGGCUAAAAAUAGUCCUCAGUCUAGUCCUAAAAAGGCUUUGUACCAGAGAGAAAAUUCCAACAAUAGUCCCCAAUCUAGCCCUAAGAAAGCUUUGUACCAGAGGGAAAAUACUUAUACAAAAGAGACUAAUAGUAGUCCUAAGAAAGGGGGAUUUGAAGGUAACCCAAAACAAAUCAACUGGGACAAGAAAGUGUUGGAUACUUUGGAAUCACAGGGUUUUACCAGAACCCAAUCGUCUUCCCGUUUAGUUUACUCAUAUAAUUCACAGGAGGAGAAACAAUUGAAAACUUCCCAAAAAAUACCUGAGGAAGUUGAAAUUCAAACACCAAAAUCUCCUAAUAAAUUUAGAUCAGGAGCUAUAUCAAAUAGAGCGGCAAUGUUCGAGCAAAACGCUACAGAAGUUGUAGCUGCGAAACCAACCAAAGACCCUGCUUUGUUGAGCCUCGCAGAACGUAAAGCAUUAUUUGAAAAAAAUAAAGGCGAAGCCUUGAUUCCUAAGGCUGCUUUCGGAAUGUCUGCUCCCGUUAAAGUGGACACCACAAUGAAGGCUUGCGAAAGUAAAUUUAUUGGAGCCACUAAGCCUAAAGAGAAUUUGAUUCAGGCUCAUAAGAAUUUAUUUGAAGCCACUAAACCUCAGAAAAAAGAAGACACUAGUGUUAAAAGUAAAAAAAAUCCUGUUCCAGUUCCACAAAUGGCAGAAUUGAAAGUAAUUACUCCUAGCUCUCCCAAGUUUGUUGCUAAAUCUUCAAAUGUGCCUACAGUAGCUGUGGUACAUCAAGGUGGAAGUAUAGCAAGCAAAAUGGCUGCUUUAAUGGAGAAUAGAAACAAAUCUACCAUUUCUGAAGAACAAAUUGCUAAUAAGGCCAAGGAGGAACGGGCCAAGGAAAUUGAUAUGUUACUGAAUAGGUUUAAUAAGAAUAAAGAGACUUCUAAGCACGAUGAAAUUGAAGAAGCUCCAGAAAGUGACUAUCAGUCAGAAUCUGACGAAGAAGUAGAUGAAAAAGCUGCAAUGUUGAAGGGAAAGCAUGUCAGUAUUGUAGACACUUGGAAACAAAGAAAGUCAGCUGAGAAAAGGAAGAGUGGGAAUAGAUUGUCAACUGAUUCUGAUAGUCACAAAGUGGUUUCAGUAUUAGAAGAGGUCAAGCGCAUAAAAGUUUCCCCACCAAAGCCAGGACUAAUUUAUCCGAAUUUGUCAGAUAUUGAGGCCACCACCACAGACCAAGAAACCAGGACCCCGUCUCCUAACGAAGAGAACAGUUAUGAAGAUAACCACUACGAAUCUGAUGACCCCAACACCAGCUUCGGCAGAGAUAUUAUGCAGGCAGUGUGCAAAAAUAUUACUCCAACUCGAAAGGUUUGCUUCAAAGAAACUGCUUCCAGCAGCGAAAAUUCUAGCGUUAUGGACGAACUCGAUGAAAUUUUGGAGGAAAUGGACGACGAUAGCAGCACAGGUCCUACUCCUCCAAAACAUGGACGUCACGUUUCACCUAAACACACUAAGCCUCAGCCGUCCAACUCGUUCCACUAUAAAAGCUUCAAUUCUUCUUCAAGUUCAAGCUCUGCUUCCACACAAAAAUCUUCGAACUUUCAGUCACCGAAUAAAUCCAUUAUUUCUCCUAGACAGUCCACAGAUCUUCCUGUGGUGGUAGAUGGAGAAAAUGUCAUGUCUUUGACGCAUACAGUCAGCUUUUAUCGGAAACAACAAAACGAGGUACAUACCCCAGUUAGACAAAUUGUUAGACAGCCGAUAAUAGAAGAAGCUCCAGAAACUGAUCAAGUUAACAACGAAGAAGUGGAAGAGAAGAUUAAACAAUUGAAAGAAGAAGUGAACAGGCAACAGAAUAUUAUUUCACAGACCAGCCAGGCUUUGAAUCUGUGCAGCAGUACUCCAGAGUUUUUUGGAUCUACUGAACAAGUUGAAGCUGAGAGGGUACUACUUGUUGCAACACAUCGUCGUCAAUCGGCUCUUCACGAACUGCAACGUUUGAAAAUAGAAGGCACUCCAAGACCACUAAGUGACCAUUCUCAAAACGUACCAUUAGAAAAAGGUACCCUGACUCUUUCCAACAUAGUUCUGCCCAUGAAACAGAAAUACGUUACUGCCCUCGCUGCGGCUGGAGGCAAAGGUCACCAUGUAGUCUGUCUCAUAAAAUGUCAGGAGCAAGUUGUAGCAACUAAAUUAGUGUCUACUGUGGCUAGUAACAGCAAAAAUCCUGAUGUAGAUUUAUACGUUCCUGGAACAGUUACUUUAAAUAACAUUCAUAGCGAUUUUACAGUCACCUUUGAAGUUUACUGUCUUCAAGCACAAGAGGAAUGUCUUCCUCAUGAAGUCAAAUAUCACAUUAAUAAAAAAUCCUCUAAGGGCCUCACUCCGAAGAAAAACAAACAAGAUUCCAGGCUAGUAAAGCCACCGAAAGAGUCACCAGGAGGGCCCAAUGCUGUCAGGACUUCUUCGUUUGCCCUUAUGGGCUAUGUAGUAUUUUCCGUACAAGCUGUCAAUAAAAAAGUUUGGACUUUAAAUAAUACUCCAUCAAUGAGCCCUCUAGAAGGCAAUGUAGAAAUGAAAAUUCAAUGUGAAUUGGCUGUUUCAGUUGAGCACAAAGCUUUUCUAACAAUGUUUGAAGAUGUUUCUGGAUUUGGAGCUUGGCACAGAAGGUGGUGUUUGUUGAAGGGAGAUUCUAUGAGUUAUUGGAAAUAUCCUGAAGAUGAGAAAAAAACGGCUCCAAUUGACACAAUCGACCUCAAAAACUGCAUAACAAAACAAGUGGGUCCAGUAAGUAGGGAAAUAUGUGCACGACAGCACACAUUUUUGUUAGAGAGGGAAAGGCCGGCCUAUCCUAAAGACAAAGACACAUUGGUGAUGGUGCGAAAAGGCGAUAAGACGAUCAUCAGGCAUUUACUUUCGGCAGACACAAAGGAAGAAAGAAUCGAGUGGUGUCAAAAACUAAACGCAGCACUCGGCGCCCUUAAAAUGUGGGGUAACAACCAGCAAUAAUUAUUUACUUCAAUAUAAUAUUUUAUCAAUUAUGACGUAAUCAUUAUUAUUUAAUUAGUAUUGUUUAGCCAAAUUAAACUUUUUUUUUUGGUGCAUGUUUAGGAGUGAUACAUUGAUUUGUCCAAAGGGCAAAUUUGAAAACAUGCGAAAAAAACGAAUGUAUUUUUUUUUUUUUGAUUAAUCCACCGCUUUUUUUCUACUAAUUCCAAUAUAUUACACAAUAUAUCAGAAUCACUAUAAUUUUUAGAGUUAAGUGGUC